AUGAAGAUAACUCCCAGCACAGUUAUAGAUGCACCUACAUAUUAUGCAAGCUAUUUCAAUGGUAGAUUGGAUACUGACAAGGUUCUAAUUUUACGAGAUUUAAACUUAGAGAGUGAUGGAGACUCUAUGCCAACUGUGCUUUCUCAGAUACCAAUUCCCACAAAUGUAGUUGACAUGACUAACAAUGAUUUAACUCAACUACCACCACUUCAAAAACGUGCCGAUAUUCACACACUACUUCUUUCACGCAACCGUAUUGUUUCGAUUGAUGGUAGAUUACUACCGACAAAUAUACUUAACUUGUCGCUGGCUAAUAAUGGGAUAGACAGACUUGAGCAGCUGAACGGAUUACGGAAUUCUCCCCAGUCGCUUGAGAAUUUGAAUUUAAGAGGUAACGCAAUUUGCUAUUUUGAAGACUAUAGAUCUCACGUAUUGUCGCUACUUCCGCAACUGAAAGUACUCGAUUUCCAGAAGGUCAAGGGCGAGGAGUUGGAACAUAUUACCUCAAGAAAAUUUGAUAGUAAUGCAGCUUCUACAGGUUCAAGUAAGGGUUCAUCAAGAGAUAAAGAUGCAGAGGUCAUGAGUAAUGUUGUAAGCAAAAUGGACGAAAAGGCGAAGCAAAACCUGCGGGAUCAACUUGCAAAGGCAACCACGCUCGCCGAAAUCGAGAGAUUGGAAAAGGUUUUAGCUGGUGAAGUUUAG